AUGGGUGGUGCUUCCAGUUCGCCCAUUCCUGGAGGUGGUACGUCGGGGUACCAUGUCUUACGUGUUCAGGAAGGUUCUCCAGGUCACAAAGCUGGUCUCCAGGCAUUUUUCGACUUCAUUGUAUCGAUUAACGACACAAGGCUGGAGGAAGACAACGAUACCAUCAAACAGCUGUUACAAAACAACAAAGAUAAACCUGUACGAUUGACAGUGUAUUCAAGUAAAACUCAAACGUGCCGGGAGGUUUUCCUGACACCGAAUACCAAUUGGGGCGGUCAAGGGCUUAUGGGAGUCAGCAUUCGCUAUUGUUCUUUCGAAGGUGCGAAUGAAAACGUGUGGCAUGUAUUGGACGUAGAGUCAAACUCACCUGCGGCGUUGGCCGGUUUGGUUCCACAUUCAGAUUACAUCAUCGGUUCGGAUUCUGUUUUGAAUGAGGUAAGUCGUUUAACUUGUUCCCUUCUAUGCCCACUAAUCGCGGUGGAAAAUGGAAAGGGGUAUGAAAACCGCAACCCCCAGUGUCUAGUUCAUGGGAUUAUACGCCCUUUCGACGGAGUCAAAUGUCCAAAGUGCCCAAAAUAUUGUAAUGCCCAGUCGAGCCAGUAA